AUGGCGGACAAGAACGCUGCUGCGGCGGUGAUGAAGCCGGCGACGAGGGCUUACGUGACGCUCCUGGCGAACGACGGCGCCGAUGACGAUAGCUUCAAGGGCGUGGUGGGGCUGGCAAAGGGCCUUCGCAACGCCGGCUCGGCCUACCCGCUGGUGGUGGCCGUGCUGCCCGACGUGCCGGAGUCUCGCCGCCGCGUCCUCAUGGAUGAGCUGGGCUGCGUCGUCCGCGAGGUCCAGCCCGUGUACCCGCCCCACUACAACAAGCUCCGCGUCUGGGAGUUCGUGGAGUACGAUCAGAUGAUAUACCUGGAUGCGGGCUUUCAGGGGUCGUUGGAGAACAUCCACGAGAAGUUCGAGCUGAACCACGGCCCGCCGCCGGCGCCCUACGUCGACGCCGACAUGUUCGUGUACAAACCCAGCAUGGCCACCGCCAGGCUCCUUCUCCACAUGAUCGCCGUCAUGAUGAGGCCGCGCGCCACCAUCGCCGAUCACGUCAUGGUGUGGCUGCGCAUCAGAAUCGCCGAUCACGUCAUGAUGAGGCCGCGCACCACCAUCGCCGAUCAUCAGCAAGCAGCGGCCAGCAGCAGCCGACAAUUCAGUAACAGCCUCACAACAGCCAAGCAAGUGAUGAAGGUAUUCUUCAUGGCGGCCGUUGCUGUUGUCACCAUCUAUCUUCACUAUUACUAA